AUGGUGUCAAAACUGAAAGAUAUCAAAAAGCCGGGUCAUGGGUUCGAGUUCAGUAACCUCUCUUACAGUGUUAUCAAGAAACAAAAUAAAGAUGGUGAGUGGAUCAAGAAAGAAGCUUAUCUUCUUAAUGAUAUAUCAGGUCAAGCCAUGAGAGGUGAAGUGAUGGCUAUUAUGGGACCUAGUGGUGCUGGGAAGUCCACGUUCCUUGAUGCUUUGGCUGGUCGGAUUGCUAGAGGGAGUCUCCAAGGUUCUAUCAGAAUCGAUGGCAAACCGGUAACUACAAGCUACAUGAAGAUGAUUUUAUCCUACGUAAUGCAAGAGGACCAACUUUUUCCAAUGCUGAAGGUUCAAGAAACCUUCAUGUUUGCGGCUGAAGUGCGGUUGCCACCUUCUAUUUCUAGGGCAGAGAAGAAAAAACGAGUCAAUGAGCUACUCAGUCAAUUAGGCUUAGAGACUGCAGCACAUACAUAUAUCGGGGAUGAAGGAAGAAGAGGAGUAUCAGGAGGAGAGAGGCGAAGGGUCUCGAUUGGCAUCGACAUCAUUCAUAAACCACCAUUGUUAUUCCUCGACGAACCGACAUCUGGUCUCGACUCUAUGAGUGCUUAUAGUGUGGUGGAAAAGAUGAAGGGCAUAGCUCGAGGUGGUAGCAUCGUUCUCAUGACCAUACAUCAACCUUCUUUUAGGAUUCCAUUGCUAUUGGACCGUAUCACUGUUCUAGCAAGGGGUAGACUAAUGUAUAUGGGAAGCCCAGCCUCUCUCCCGGCUCACCUUUCCGGUUUUAGAAGACCAGUUCCCAACGGUGAGAACAACCUUGAAUAUCUCAUCGACGUAAUCAAAGAAUACGAUGAAUCAACCGCCGGACUGGACACUCUCGUAGUGUACCAACUUGAUAGUAUCAAACCAGACCAAGUUGCACGAACAUCGGUUCCAAAAACACCCAAAACACCUAAAACACCGAAGAACAUGAAAACACCUGGUUCCAAACAUGCUAUUAGCCUACGCAGCAAUACUUUCUCCGUUACAAAUCAAUCACAGUCCGACCGAUUUGAUUACAAUGAAGAUGAAGAUGAAGAAGAAGACUUUGAUUACUCUUUGGAACGGAAAUCAUCCCGGUGGCAACCUCAGACUCCAAUGAGUACUUCACACAGUGGUGCUUACCCAUGUUUGGCUUCUCAAUUCUAUAAAGAUUUCUUCGUUUGGGUUUACCGUAGUGUCACCGGAGCUCCUCGUCGUGCACCGUCGUGGACACCGGCGAUAACUCCUAGUGUAACACCGGCUACAACUCUUAGUGUAUGAAGCUAUGUUUCCGGCCGAUAACAUGCAAUGGCUCAGCAAACACCUUCACACUGCUAGAAGACCCCGGUUGCUUACAGUCCGUCGUACGAAGAAUUCGACAUAGAAUAAGUGUUGGACGAGCCGGAACACGGCCCCAAGUUCGCUAACCCAUGGCUGAGAGAAGUUGUAGUGCUGUCGUGGAGGACGACGCUUAACGUGGUUCGUACACCGGAGCUCUUCCUUUCCCGAUAAAUCGUAUUGACGGUCAUGGUGGUGAUUUUAUCUUCCCUAUUCCGAAACUUAAGCCAUCACGAUUUUCAGACGAUCAACCGGCUGUUAAAUUUUUACAUAUUCGCCAUUUGUUUAGUCUUUUUCUCUUCCAACGAUGCUGUCUUGACUUUCAUCCAAGAACGGUUCAUCUUCAUCAGAGAGACCUCUCAUAACGCUUAUCGUGCGUCAUCUUACGUCAUCUCUUCCCUCAUCGUCUACCUCCCGUUUUUCGCUAUCCAAAGCUUUACCUUCUCCACCAUUACCAAAUAUUGGCUUCGCCUACAAAGCAACGUCUUAAACUUCUGGUUAAUACUGUACGCUUCUCUAAUCACCAUCAAUGCUUACGUCAUGCUGGUGAGUGCACUCGCCUCGAGUUACAUCACUGGUUACGCCGUCGUAAUCGCUACCACAGCUCUUUUCUUCCUCACCUGUGGGUUCUUUAUUAAAGGUGACAAAAUACCCAUUUAUUGGAGAUGGUUACACUACAUUUCCGCCAUUAAAUACCCUUUUGAAGCUUUGUUGGUGAAUGAGUUUAAAGAUAAAGAAAUUUGUAUUUCCGGUAACCCAUCGGAUCUUUCGCCGGGACCUUUAGGAGAGUUGAAACCUAGUGAUUUGCACCUUAAAAAUAAAGCACUUGUUGAUUGCACCAUGAUCAGAGAAGACGUGAUAUCAUCCAUGGGGAUUAAAUUGGAGAAUCUUUGGUAUGAUAUCCUUAUAUUGCUAGCUUGGGGUGUACUUUAUCGCCUGUUUUUCUACGUGAUUUUAAAUAUUUUAAGCCCUUUUCUUUUGGAGAUUAUGGAGAGAGAUUUUCUCGGUUUGAGGUCCAAAAAUGCUGCAAUUACAAUCAAAGUAGAGCCCUCCGAUGCUCAGCCUAAUGAUUCAGUUUUGUUGAGGGGUUCAGGGAUGCAGUUGUCUUUCUCAAACAAGGUAUCUACAGUUCCUCAGUUCUUGUCGUUCGAUGGUGCUCGAGACGAUAAACUAAGAAAAGCCACGCAUGACACGCUGUUGUCAUCCGGUUUUAUGACUAUUCCAACUACUGAUUCUAACAAGAAACCGCAUCCUGGCUUGACUCAGAAACAAGGGGGAAACCACUAUGCGGCUACCACCUAUGGUCUCCAACAACUCGAUGUACACCAAUCCCGCCUUUCCCACGAAGCAAGGAUAUUUCCAAGUUCAAGUCAGCUGAAUCACACGAUUACGGUUUCUAUGAACACUCCUCUUCUCCAAACCCACCUUGCUUCCCCCGGACAGAACAUAAUCGGUCAUACUAUAAACCCGCAACCUUUUACCGGAGUUCCAAUCAUGGCUGCACCUGUAUCUGUUGUUCCUCCAUCAAGUCCUAUCAUCGGUACCACUGAUCUUAGGAAUGCUGCCAAAUCUUCUAAGGCACCAGCUCAAUUGACUAUCUUUUAUGCUGGAUCUGUAUGUGUGUACGAUGAUGUAUCUCCCGACAAGGCCAAAGCUAUUAUGUUACUUGCUGGAAACGGUUCUUCUGCGACUCAAAGUAAAACGGCACCUGUGACUCAACCGCAGACACAUAUUCCACGACCUUGUACUUUGUCCCCUUUCUCGGGUCUUCCAAAUCACCUUUCUGCAACCUCCCAUGUCAGUUUACAGCCUGUUGCAGGAUCUAGUGGCACCAAUGAACUAACAGCUGCAACAAGGAUAGGAGCUUUAGCAUCCACUAAUAACCAACCAGAUCCUCCCAAAUUGGUUAAUCCUGCAGUUGCUGUGCCUCAGGCUCGUAAAGCAUCCUUGGCUCGGUUUUUAGAGAAGCGUAAAGAAAGGGUAUCAAACACCUCACCGUACAACAUCUGCAAAAGAUCUCCUGAAUCUGGCCCCUUUGCAUCUGAUGGCAUAAGUUUUCCUGUGACUUCUGCUGGAUCUAGUCCUUUACAAGCCAUCAAUUAAGGAUCGAGCCUCGAGACUUUUUCAGACCGUGGGUCUAAUAGAUAAUGUAAGAGCUCAUUGCAGACAUUUGUUUUUGUUGGUAAUCAAAUGAACUCGAUUAUUUUGAUGUCAAAUUUUAGGUCGAGUUAUAUACAUACAUAUAUAUAUAUAUGGUGGUCAUAUGUUUUUGGUUUUCUUGUUCUGAAAUGCUUCGAUUCGGAGUUUUUUUUUUGUAUCAGUUUUCUUUUGGGAUGACUUUUUAGAACAUCAUGUAACUCAUAUUGUUGUAUGUUCUACACGUUGAUUGUAGAAAGCAUAAUUUUGUAUCCAUCUGUGCUAAUAAUAUGUUGUCGGAUUUUGAUA